AUGCCACACACCGAAAAUGAUACCGGUGUGAGGAGGAACCGAGACUCGUCUCCGCCAUUCACGGCACACUUCCGAGACGAUGCUCCGAAGAAAUCCGACGUUCCAGAAGAUAAAAGGGCCCACUCGGUCGUGGAGCUACAACGUGCGAACGAAGCGGAAUCAUGGGGGGUCGUUCUCCGCGGUGGUGGGAUCUGCCCCAGGAUCGCUCACCUUCAUCCAGGCUCCUUGGCCCACCGCUCGGAUAUGCUGUCUCCCGGGGACGUGGUCACCAGCGUAAACGGCAUCUCGACCCGAGGAAUGCGCGCCGAUGAUGUCACGAGCCUCUUGGAAAGCGCCAAGUUCAAAGUGGUGCUGGACAUCGAAUACGAAAUUCCUCCGGCACCGGUCAGCGUCUUGGACGGGAGCCUUUCCGUUUGUCCAAAAGUCAUCCAGAUCAAGCUUGAAAAAGAUGUCCACGGCUCCUUCGGAUUCCUGCUACGCGGAGGUUCGUGCGUCGACAAUCUAAAGUCUCGACCUUUGACGAUCGUUUUCGUUAGACCCGAAGGCCCCACUGACAGAGAGGGAACCAUUAAGCCAGGCGAUCGCCUCAUAGCUGUGGACAACGUGCAUUUGACGGGGGCCACCCUCUACGAAGCGAAAACGGUGCUCAAGCAAAUCGAGAAACAGGCUCUGCUCACCAUUGAGUAUGACGUUUCGGUUAUGGAUGCGGUCCGGAACGCGUCGGGGCCCGUUCUAGUUGAAAUCGAUCGAUUGCACACUGGAGUCACAAGGUUGGGGGCAACGCUCACGCAAUUAGACAAUGCCGGCAGAGGUAUUGUUAUCGAGAGUAUCCGGCAGGCGAGUGUCGCUGAACGCUGCGGGGCCUUACACGUCGGGGAUCAGAUUCUGGCCAUCGACGGUGUACGUCUGGAUCUGGCCUGCGCGUCGGCGGCCGAGGCGCAACGGAUGCUCCAGGAAGGCACCGACAGCGUUCUACGUCUGGAAAUACUCCCAGCCGGACAACUCCUUCGACAAUACGCGGAGCAGCAGCAAAUCAAAACUUCCGGAAGCUAUAAUACCUUGUCGUCCAUCGGAGGCCAAAGUACGUCGUCUUCCAACUAUCCUCUACCGCCUAUUCCCCCUCAUCAUACGAACGUCACGCCAAAAAGGCAAUACAGUCUCCGACGACAUCACUCCGAUCAUUUACCGAGCGUGUCUAGCUCGGGUCAACGACGGCGUCCCAGUCAUGAUUCUUCGGGUGAUAGCACCGUAUUCGUCCCUCCGGGUUAUGAACUCCAUCGAACUCGAUCACAACAUGUCAUAAGUCAUGUGGAAGGUAUCGAGAUAACUUUGGUUACCGAGCCCCAGAAAGGAGGAUACGGACUGACUCUCCGAAGCAAAGACCGGGUUGCCUUCGUGGAAUGCAUCGUUCCGGGUGGAGCUGCCGACAGGUCGGGCGUCAUCCAAGUCGGGGAUCGAGUGUUAGCAAUAAACCAUCAACGAGUCGAAUCUCUCACCACGGACGAUCUGAACCGCUUCCUGCUCAAAAGUCGACCGAGAGUAACUUUGCAGAUAGAAUUCGAUGUCGUCGAGUCCGUCAUCGCUUCCAGCGGAACUUUCACUGUGAAACUCGAGAAGAAGGGACCCGGAUUAGGAAUAACGAUCACCGCACCCCGCGAUAGGAGCUCCGGCGAGCCUUUGAUAAUAUCGGACGUUCGGCGAGGGAGCAUUGCUCACAGAUCGGGGACCCUGCAGAGAGGUGACAAGCUACUUGCUAUCGAUCAGUUUCGGAUGGAGAACGCCUCCAUAGAGGAGGCAGCGAAAAUUCUCCAGAACAGCCAGGGCGUCGUGCAGCUUCGUAUCCGUAAGGACGAACACUUCAAUGAUUUCCCCGACGAGACCGAUGCCGUCGUGUACACGGUCGAAGUAGCUCGAAACGGAGGACCGCUCGGCAUCACAAUAUCAGGAACCGAGGAGCCAUACGAUCCCAUCAUUAUCUCCGGACUGACGAAGGGAGGAUUAGCUGAGAGGACUGGAGCCCUCCACGUCGGCGAUCGGAUCCUCGCCAUCAGCGGGACGAGUCUGAAAGGAAAAACGUUGAACGACGCGAUCAUGCUUUUGCAAAACUCGGGCGAUGUUGCGACGCUGAAACUUUCCAAGUGCAAAUACGGCCGAUUAGCGUUCGAUGACCUAGACAAAAUGUCGAGUCCACUUCCGUCGGCUGCUUCCUCCAUGUCGUCACGUCCGCCGCCAUCUCAAUCUCCGCGAAUGGAACCCAGACACUAUAUCCAACGACUCUACGCAGGAACACCGAUACCCAGCGUGGACAGUGCCGUGGAGAGCUGGGACUCGUUGGCGAAUUUGGAAACUCCAGCUUCGCCAACCAGCCCCGCCCCUGAGCCCAGCUCCCAUAGUGCCAGCAGUGCAGCCUCCUGCGGGUACGACGUCAUUCCAAGAUAUCGUCCUCUUUAGAAUACGGUCCAGCAUACAACGUCGGAAAUUGUCCAAGUUUCGACUUCCACAGAUCUGGAUCAUUCGGAAGACGCUUGGAGCUCCAUCAGGGAAUGGCAGGCCGGUCUACCACCUUCCUGUCAAGAGCUGGCGAAGUCCGCACCGAGUCGUUGGGAUGCGAUGGAUUGGAUCGAUCGGAGACCUUGCGGCAACUUGAAAUCUCCACCUUCACCGCUGCCGCCUCUCCCGCCCAAAGAAAGUAGAGAAACUUCAUCCUCUCUGAACAGUCUCCAGCUGUUGGGUCAACAAUCGUCACCAACGAAAGCGCCGUCACGCUCCGGAAGUGCUGGAGGGAUCAAACAAUGUCGCACCGAAUCUCUAAUCACUUCUCUCGGAACCUUCACAGCGAAUUCAGCAUCGAUGACCGCGAGUCCUCCGGAGAUCGCGGGACCCUCCGGCUUCAGUUACAACCCACCGGCCUACACCCACAAUCCCGGCGGCCGCUCCGUGAACUCCGACGUCGAUUCCUCGGAUUGGAUGAAAGUCCUCGAAGAUCUUCAAACUUGUGGUCAGUCGCGACUAUUCAGGCAAAUCGAGAGGAAUCUACAGAUGGCAGAAAAUGAAUUGAGUGGAACUUUGUCAUCGUCGCCAUCCGCGGCCAUCGGCGGCUCGUUGGGCAUUCCGUCGGGGACACCGCAAAACAAAAGCCCCUCGCCCGCGUCGAACUCGUCGAGAUUCGACGACCUCUUCGGAUUCCAAUCCCAAUUCCAAGAGGAGAUCUCGUCUUUCAUCGAUCUUGCGCCUUCGGGUGGAAGCAGUCAGGGCGGAACUUCUUCAACGACUCCUUCGUAUCCCGAGCCACCGAAAAUGCUUCCCGGCUUCGGGCUACAGGAUAUCCCGCCACCGAUGCCGGUUCCAGUGGAAGUGCACCGCGUGACAUUGUUCAAGGACAAAAUAUACGACGACUUCGGUUUCUCGAUCUCAGACGGCCUCUUCGAAAGAGGUAUCUACGUCAAUCGCAUCCGACCCAAGGGACCUGCUGACAUGUGCGGUCUUCUCAGACCCUUCGACCGUAUACUGCAGAUUAACGACCACAAGACUCAUAACAUGGAAUGCUGUACAGCGGUUCCCUUGGUGGCCGCCUCGGGUGAUACGAUCGAGCUCAUCAUAAGUAGACCAGCUUCAUAUUGCCUGCCGUCGUCCUACCCGGACUGGUCACAGGAUCAACCUUGGCUCGGAGACGGAGCCAGCACAAGGAGCUCUGUGGUCAUAACACAAACCCUCUGA